CCAGAGAGCUUCUAUACUGAGCCACAGUCCUGAACCGGUCCGUCUCAGCUAAAACUGUUUAUGGGUUCAUUAUGAGUCGGCUGGAGGAGAUCUGUUUUCGGGCGCACAGAAUGGACUUGGAGGAGGAUUUCUACCCGUACGGAGACGGCGGUGAGGUGCGGGUGCGCGCGGCGCUGCGCCGGAAGGAGGAAGAGCUUGUGCUCGCAGCCCAACUCGGGAACGCGCUCCUGACCGAGAACCGACAGCUGAAGGAGGAGAAGAACAAACUGCAGGAAGAGUACACGGAGAAGAUAGAGGAGCUGGAGCAGGACAGACACGAUCUGAGGCUGAAGCUGCAGGGAUGCCAGGCUCAGUGGGAGAGUCAGGUGGGAGAGCUGGAGCGGGACGUCCGGGCUCUGAAUGCCCACACUGAGCAGCUUACCCGGCAACUGAGCGAGGCAGAGAGAGAGAAGGGUCGGAGUGAAGAGCAGCACAACGAGAUCAGUCAGCAGCUUCAGGAACAGCUCCAGGUGGCUAUGGAGGCGAAACUGGCCGUCACGGCUGAGCUGCAGAGCCUGAAGCAGGAGCUGGACGAGAGGGGCCACCCAAGACCACAAGAUGAGGAACUGCUCAGUGCCUUGAAAGAAGAGAUUGCUCAACUGACACAGCGUGAGCAGUCUCUGGGACAGCGGUUGGAGACAGUGUGUGAAGAGAAUGCUGAGCUAAAAGACAGUGUGUCCUCACUAUGCACACGACUGGCCUUGCAGGAGCAACAAAGUAAUAUGCAAACGCAGCAGCUGGCAGAGGCCUGCCAAGAGGUGGAGCUUGCAAAAGCCAGAGCUCAAGCUCUCCAGUCUCAGAUAGAGGAAUUACAGGAAGAGGUUUCCCUCCAGAGGAGCACUGAUGGAGACACAUCCCUGCUUUCAGAGAUGGAGCGUAGUCUAGACACCAUGAACUGGAGCCAAGACAAGAAGCAGGUCGAACAGGAAGUGAGGUCCAUCUUAGACAUGCUUCUUCCUGUUUCCCAUGGUUCGGAGGCUCCAUGCAAUCAUGAAGAUAGCCUGCAAGGCAUGCUGGGACAGCUUAAGAGUGUGGCAGAAAGGAUUGUGUGCAAUGCGACACUGCAGGACAUGAAGAGGCCCAUUGUGGGAGGAGACAUGGCACUGUGUGAGAAUACAGCCUGCAUGCAGGAGCUGCGAGAUCAGAAUGCACAGCUCUUAAAAGAGAAUGCUGAACUCCGGCUCAAAGCUGACAGCAGGCUGGAUGACGAGAUCAUUCAAAGAGCUAUAAAGGACAGAGAUGACGCCAUUGCAAAGAAAACAGCAGUGGAGGCAGAACUGGUGCGGAGCAGAAACGAUAUGAUGUAUCUGAACAACCAGCUGCUGGAGGCCAUCCAGCGUAAACUAGAGCUAUCUCAGGAACUGGAGGCUUGGCAGGAUGACAUCCAGGUAAUCAUUAACCAGCAGCUGAAGAGCCAGGCAGAGAAGCAGAUGCAGUCAAAGCGGCCUGGAGGAGGCCGUCUCUCUUUUUUCCGCAAACCACUGAAAACAUCGACUUCUGUGUCGUGCAUACCGGAGACCACCACAGUGGCCAGCUAUUCGUCAUGGAAAAACUGGCUCAAAGUGGCCAAAUAAACCACACUCACAGACAGCACAGGAAAUGGAAAUGCACGUGCACACAAACUGCUAUACAGAGUGUAUCAGCAUCAGAAUAUCAAAUAUGUGACACUGCAAGCUGUAAAGUUUUUAGCUCUCGGGUAAAAGGUCACCGAAUGCAUCGGAUCAGAAAACACUAGUAUUAAAUGUAAUCUUCCUGGAUAAAAGUGGAUCGGUUUAACCUAAUUUUGCCUUGAGAUCAUGUGUGCGUGCGCAUGGUUUUUUUUUUUUUUAAUAAACACACCAUGUCCGUGUGGUAUUUUUGAACAAAAAUGCAUUCAAGGAUCAAAUGGUUAUGCUUAUAUUAUUUAUUUAAAAGCAAGGGAACAAAUCUAUAAUUUAGUGGCUGCUCUUAGAUAUUAAAACAUUUCUCGAGUAUCAUUCAGGAAAACCAUUUCUAUUGCAAUGAACUGCAUUCUUUAAAAUACGCACGAGUAAAUGGAAAUGUGUUUAUAAGGCGUCAAAGUCAGCAAAACUUAUACUAACUUUUUCCCUGAAUGUUCUGCUUUUGUAAAUAUUUUGUAUUAAAUAUGGAAGAAUAACUCAAAUUGAGUUGACCAGUAUUAAAAAAAGAAAAAAAACAAACAAACAAACAACAAACUCCGGUGGAUAUGAAUGUCUAGGAACUGUUGUAUGAAGUAAAUGGCUUGAUAUUUCAGUAUUUCGUCGAAGUGCCACGUCACCACCUCCUGAUAACCAACUAAAAUCCAGCUGCUCAUAUCUUUGGACAUGAAUGUUCUACAUGCCUUGCAGAAAGGAUCUGUCUCAUUUUUUCGUGGUCUGGCACAUGUGUACAUUAAGUGUUUUUGUUAAAAGUGUUUGAGAGAUGUGAAAGUAAUGCAGACUCGUACUUUAUAAUCUAUCAGGUUUCAACUGCUAGGACAGAUUCAUGGUCAAGUCCUUCAGGAAAUUCAUACUAUUUGUAUUUUUUCUUCUUCUGUAUCUAUUUGACUCAAGUGUGUUAAGUAGCUGAAGAGAACACAAAGAGAAAAGAUCAAAAUCCUAAGUGGCUGCCCCAUAAAGUUACAUUUAAUAAAACCCGCUUUAGUAUUGUUUAUCUUAUUAUUGACCAGUAAUAAGUUAUCUAUAUUGAUAAAUGUAGUCGCAAUCGCAUGUAUAUAAUAACUAAUGAGGACUCUUGCCUUA